ACUUCUUAUAUCUCUUAUUUAAUAGGAGGACUCGUGUCUACCGUAUGGUUGAGCGCAAUGUAUGCGACGCCCGAACCCAUAGCCAAAGUAAAGUGAAUUUAAAACCAAACUCAAUAUACAGUAUAUAUACUGUGGCCUCGGAUUAAAAGAUGUUGACGGUGUGGACCAGUUGUGUGCCGACGCUUACAAUACAAUAGCGAUAAUGUAUAUCACAAUUUAUAUCACAAUUUCCGAUCCCUCGCCUAUUAUUGCGUUGACGACUCAAAAUUGAAAAAACAUGUUUUGCUUACUAUUACUCCUACUUCUGCUCAUAUGCGCGGAGAAUAUAAUAUCGUUGCGUCUGAUCAUGCUGGACGUGCCCUCGCCAUCGUACGUGGGCGAAUCGGUCGAACUGACUUGCUCAUAUGAUCUAGGUGAUGAUCGACUUUAUUCUGUCAAAUGGUAUAAAAAUGAUGUGGAAUUCUAUCGAUAUGUCCCAAAGGAUUGGCCGCCCGGACAGUUCCUCCCUAUGCCUGGCAUUAGAGUCGACCUGUCAAGAAGUGGCAAAAAUUCAGUGUAUCUGAAACAGGUAGACAUCCAUUCGGCCGGUCUCUAUAGAUGUGAGGUCUCAGCGGAAGCCCCAUCUUUUGUGACGGCUGAGGGCCAGAAGGUUCUUGAAGUGACCGUGCUUCCAAUGACGGGGCCGUCCAUAACAGGCAGUCGAGCCAAAUAUAAAGUCGGAGAUAUAGUAUAUCUAUUGAUGAAUGUCUUACAGACGGGCAGUGAAUACGAGACGAUGUACUCAACAACACUCCAUUCCGAUGGUCUCGAGACCAGUAGUUUAAGUCUCAAAUUUAUUGCCAACGAAAAGCACUUUCGGAGUGGCAAUAAUAUGCGAUUGAAAUGCACGGCAACCAUAUCGAGGAUGUAUACGAUGAGCAACGAAGCGUUGGCCGCCGCAGACGUCAAGACCUCAGGACUGCAUAUAAGCGAGAAUCUAAGCCAAGUGCGAGACACGGCAUCGUCUAUAGCCAGGAUGAAUAGCAAGUGGAAUAUAUGGUUAAACUGGUUCUUCUGCCUCCUAUGCUCUCUACUGUCGCUUAUGUAUCGCAGGACUUAAAACAUCAUUCAUUAUACUGUAUAUACACAUCAAAUAUAUAGUAUUUUUCGAGUAAAUACACAAAAACAUAGUUUCAUUAAUAACUAUAAAUAUAUAAACGUCUGAAUUUGUGAUGUUUUCAAACCAUCAUAUAUUUGGAACAACUUAUUGCUCACCACUAAAUGUCUGCAAAUAAUGUAUAAAUUGCUUCAAAGUUUGCAUACAUUCAACAUUUAAUUGAGAGAAGAUUUAAUCAAAACAUUACAUUUCCCUCUCAAUUGGUAAUUAUGGGACGAAUGCGACAAAUAUUGACCCAAAAAUUGUUUUAUUUUAUUGUCGUGUUUGACUAAAACUGAUCCCAUACUGCAAUUGGCGUGCAAUUGGUCUUCACUAACGUCUAUAUCAUUGGCAAAUGUGUGUCCGAUUCGAUGGGCAAUAAAAUAGAGAUUUGCAAAACACAUGAAACACAAUGUGUUUCGCAAGUGUUUUGGAGGCGACGACUGAAACCUCUCAUAGACUUAGGAUUCAGUUAUUUUUGGAGGAGAAGCCAAUGCAGUGAUACAGUCAUACGGAGUGUCUGUAUUGCCAGUGAUUUCCCUCGUGAGGACAUCCAUCUCCUGAUGAAAGACAUCACAAUAAGAACGUUAUAACAGUUUUACUCUCAAUCCUAACAAAUACUACUCAAACACUGUUAUACAGAAUCGUCAAUAAUAUUGAUAGAAGAAGAAGAAGAAACUGUUUAUUAUUUAAUUAAUUAUAAAUACAACAAAUCUGAAGAUAAUUUAAUAUAUAUUUGAGUGGUUAGUGUUUUCGAUGCGCUUAUAAUGUUAUAGAUUAUAAUAAUCAUGUAAAUAAGUAAUUAAAUAAUGAGAAGCGCCUAAUGUUUUGGUUAAACAAAUAUUUUAAAAAAGUGAACAGAAUUGAGAUUUGUGUUGAUUUUAUCAUUUGAAACGACUUUACAAUCGGCUCUGCACUCAAUGGGUAUGGAAAAAAAGUGGGAAUGAUAUGCAAUGGUAUGAUAUUGUAUGAUAUGGUGGGAGUAAUGGACCCAUCGUUUCUAACUUCUUAAUGGUAGACAUCAUAUGCAUCGCAAGAAGUAAUGGCUGUUUCCUAUAGUAAAGUGCAAACCUCUCUAAUGAAGCUUUACAUUAGAAAAUUGUGUUCAAUUGCGGAGACCAUAGUAUGUGAGACACGAGUGUAACGUUUCAAUGCUAUAUCAAACAAAUUUCUAUUCAAUUCUAUAAAAUAUUAGGUCUAAUAAUGUAUAUAAAUUGCAACCCAUUUGUACUGAGCAUAUAAUAUAUACAGUAUAUAUAAAUAAAUAAAAAAUAAUACAAUACUUGUAUUGAUUUCAAUUAGCAAUUGUUAUGCACAUACAGUCAGUCAGUUGUUGGCAAACGAGAUAAAAGUGAUCUUUUGUUAUAUAAUACACUAUUACUAUAGAAGAACACACAAUACCAGAGGUGUGCAAACACUUGGGACGACAU